CCGGCCAAGUCACUGCCAGUCUCUGAACAUGCUCAUUGCCAAUGGCCAUGACAUGCGUGUCGAUCUAAUACCAUCUAAACUUGAAGCCACUGUUCUUCAUGUCACCAUGGAGGGAGGUGAUGUCACAGUGUCUUGUUACGUCAACUCAGCAGGUCCAUCUUGAACUUGUCGUGAUCGGAUGCUUGGGAUUUAUGUCAAUAUAUUGCUCUUUAUAAAAUAGAUUAGAUGACGAGGGAUCCGAUGACGAGUGAUGACUGUGUGUGUGAUGACAGCGUUUACUACAGAAAUCUGUUUCAUAGUGUCAGCAGAGGUUUUUUGUUCAAAAUAGAGUUAUGCUUUGAGGUUUACUUUUAAAUUACAGGUUUUCAUAAAAACCGUUGAUGAUAAUAAUUGCCAGGAAAUCUUAAGUUUUCGGACAUUUGUCAUUGAGCAUCAGUUAAAGACAGUUUCCAGAAAUAGUUUGUACACAUAUAUCUGACAAUGUUUGCGGAACAAGCUAAAGCCUUGAUGAAAAACUCCAAAAUCCGCAGCUCCCCUGUCUGCACGUGUUCAGUGGUUCAUAUAAAGAAUCAAACUAAUGGUGCAAUCUUGGAGCGAGAUAUCAAUGGACACAAAAUCCCUAAUGGUCUGAAGACCUACAGGAGACCAUCUCCUCUACAAAUCAAAAUGGAAAAACAAAGAGAGGUAUCAAGAAAGCGGGAGGCGGGCAGACAAAGAGAAAGUCCAAAGAAACCACGACAACAGAGUAACAACUCGUCCGCAUUGAUUGACCAGCAACCAAAGCGUUCAGCUUUGAUCUCAAUAGAUAGACUAGCCGUACCAUGGAAAACUACAGCAUUAGAUAGACAACCUAGUGAACAACCUCUGGUCUCUAUAGACAGUGAAAGUGAAGAUGAAUUUGAUAUCGUAGCCCUGUCUUCUGCUCCAUCACAGACAACCCAAGAUCUAAGACAGCAGCUUCUGAAAGAUGGCUUCCGAUUGGACGAAAUACCCGACGAUGAAGAGCUGGAUCUCAUACCACCUCGACCAAUGAAUGAACGAUGUAUUUGUUGUCAAACAACCCAAGUAACGUGCUGUAUUCAGUGACAGCGGGACCAUUCUCUCUCUGCCAUUUUGUGUAUAUCAUAAAAACAUUUUAUAUAAAUAGGUACUGUAUGUAUGAAUAAUGAUUCCAUAUAUAACACUAUGUUUGUAUACAUGUAUUAGAACUGGUACCAGUUUCAUGUGGUGACUAGUAGCCAUGCUUGUUUACCAGCUAACUCAAUAUUGUUGCAAUUUGUACUGCCCUUAUCCCGAUGUCUAUUAAUUUUUAUGUUGUGUAAUAAAUUAAAUUGAGCCUUUUUUUCUGAUACAAUUACAUGCAGUGACUAAUGGCCACUUAACAGAAAUCCGCUGUUUGGUAACAAAUUCAUUCACCUAUUUAAAACCAAACUGGAACCAAAAGCUGUAAGCAGAAAAUAUUGAUAGCAAAUUUAUUGGGUGAUAAAAAAAAAAAAAAAAAGGGCACCAGUCCACACCAGUCAAGAUAAUGCAAACUUUAUUUAAUUUUGACUGGUUAACCGUUUUCUGCUUAGCAAUAUUUUAAUGUGAUAAGCAAAUUUGUUGUACAUGUAUUGCAUGUGGGCCUUGCUUCCACAAAAUGAGGAAAAAUCCUUUGGACUUUUUAUAGAUUUGGUCAAGAAGAAUGCAUGAUUGUUGCUAUUUGAAAAUAUCUUCUCCUAGAACUCAAAGUAAUGUCACAAUCUUCAUUUUGAAUAAGGAAUCUUUGCACUCAUUUUGUGGUGCAACUUACACAUUUGGACUUGGAUGACUAUUUGCUUCCCCCCAAAAACCUCCGACUUCUGUUCUGUGGCCAAGAGGCAAAGCAAUGUAAGUCUAUUUUCAAGACUGAAAAUACACGAUUUAAGCUCAUUUUAUUGAAACUUAUCCUGCAAUAUAUACUUCAAUAUCUAUGUGCAUGUAGGAUUUAAUAUCGGGACUGCCUCCGGGUAGGUAGGCACCCACUAGCUGGUUCUGAAGGAUAUGUAGCCAUUUCUGGAAUUUAGUUUCACAAACUUUACUCAAUGAAAGUGUAGUAUUGCUUAAUGCAUUUAGUAUUGAAACUCAUCCAUCGGUCCGGAAUUAUAUGCUGCAUUUUAGCGAGUCGGAGGACCAGGAUUCUAGGCCUCUGGUGGUGUUUCUGUUGGAUCUUGAAGUGGGAAAUUUAAUAUUUAUUAAUGUACACCAUUUCAACUUUGUGCGACUGCAAAGCAUUCUUUCAGUGUUGCGAUAAGCUGAAAGUUCUUGAACUACCAAAGCAUUAUAUUAACAAUUAUGUGUGCAUGAAAUGUUCUGUGCUUUUCCAAAUAUUGGCUCAUAGAAAAUAACAUUCUUACAUAUGUGAAUAGAUGCUCAAAUAUGAGAGGGAACCCAGUUGAACCCAGUCCAUAAUCGUCCUUGAACCCUGGGGGAUCUAUCAAAUACUUAGUUUUUGUUUAUCAAAUUGAGCUAACUUUGUCCAUUGCUGACUGGUUUACUGGGCCCAAUUUCAUAAAGCUGUUAAGCAGAAAAUGCCGCUUAGCAAAUUUCUUGACUUGGAAAGAAAUUACC